GCCUGCCCUUCAAUUAAGCAUUCCGUAAACAAUUGUGCGCAUCCUGGCUGUCCUUUGGUUGGUUUUUUCUGGGAGACAGGGGAAAAGGUAGAGAUAAAGACUUACAGAGUAAGGGAGAAAAACAAGAAACAACAGGAAGGAAGCAGGAGGGUAGCUUAUUCAGUAUACAUUUUAUUUCUCACCUCUGUUCUGCCUGCCCUUCAUUUAAGGGUUCCGUAUACAACUGUCCCCAUCCUGGCUGUCCUUUGGUUGGUUUUUUUUGUUGGGAGACGGGGGACCAGGAAGACAGAAAGGUUUACACAGUAAGAGAGAGAAGCAGGAAACCAGAGGAAGGAAGCAGGAGGUAUUGACACACCCAACUCUCAAGUUAGGUGUUGCAGUUGAUAGAAUCAAAGGCUAGAUAUGGCUCAAACUAUUGGUCCAAGCAGGAGACAAGAGAUCGAGAUGAAUCCUGCGGAUGGCGGUAGCCAGAUUAGAACCUUGGCUAACUUAAAAUCCGAAAUUGAUCGACCACGAACCAUGCCUGCAUCAGCAACUGUAAACCCACGAUGUCCCAAGGUUCCAAAGUCGUUGUUGCCAUCAGAUGCCCAGGGUUCUGAGCCUUCUGACGACCACCCUUAUGAGCCAAUGGUCAUGUCUUUGGGUCCUUACCACCAUGGCAAUCCGAAGCUCGUACGUGGAGAAAAGAUCAAGCUUCGAUUGGCGCUAGAUUUCUUCGAUCAUUUGAAGCCGUCGGAACCCAGCACUGUUGACCAGCCCGUAGACCAAUCCGUAGACCAGACAAAAAAGAAGGUAGUCGAUGAAUUGUACAGCAGAAUUAGCCGUGUUGUUAAUAGGUUGAGGGACUAUUAUGAUAAGGAGUCGAUAGAGAAUUAUUCGGAUGAACAAUUCAUUGUGAUGAUGCUGGUGGACGGGUGUGCUUUAAUGAGGUACAUGCUUUAUGCUUGCAUUCAUCGUGACCGUGACCAUGAAUAUUUCGAUAUCAGAUAUGAGGAUCUAAGCCAUCUGCACAGGGAUGCGAUGCUGCUGGAGAACCAACUUCCCUAUGAAUUAAUGGAGGAACUGCUGAAGAUGAAUAAAACAUGGGAUACUCGUAAUUGGGCAAUGCUAUGCUUGGAAUUCUGUGGCAUGACCCUGUGGGAGGUGGAGCCAUACUCAUUCCUGCAAAAAAUGGAGAAAUGUUGCUGCGGCUGGUUCCCCGCAAUCAGCCGGAUUAGUAACCGGCAGCGGAGGCCAAACCCUGAUGAAGAAUCGGGGAGAAACACUGAUGAAGAAUCGGGGAGAAACACUGAUGAAGAAUCGGGGAGAAACACUGAUGAAGAAUCGGGGAGAAACACUGAUGAAGAAUCGGGGAGAAACACUGAUGAAGAGUCGGGGAGUUUCGUGGGGCCUUGUCAUCUCCUCGACCUGUACUUAGAUCAUUUCCUAGGAGCUCCGUGUUCUAGCCCCUUAGAUUAUUUCCUAGGAGCCAAUGGUUCUAGCCCAACGCAUGGGGGCGAUAAAACUGGCGGUAUGGGAUCAAUUGUUGAUGUGAGGGAGCAGGUUAUGGCAUCAUUUAGAAAUGUGAAGGAUCUUAUGGCCGCUGGAAUCCGCAUCAAGCCUAGCCCUACACGUUUCUUGAGGGACAUUUCUUUCACUUCCCAUUGCGUCACUGCAUGCCUCAGACUUCCUCCCAUCACCAUUGAUAAGUCAACCAAGGAUAUGUUCUUCAACUUGAUAGCCUGGGAAAUGAGCUCAAAUAUGCCCCAUGACAUCAUAGCUUACCUUCGCUUCCUUGAUUCCCUUAUUGAUGAUGCUGAUGACAUUAAGGAGCUGCAGUCCGCCGGGGUACUCCAAAACAAUCUAGGUACUCAUGAAGAAGUGGCUGAAUUCUUCAACACUGUGUCCACCAAGUUGGUAUCAAACUUUCAUGCUUACAAUAAUGUGAGAGUCAAAAUUCGGGAGCACCUUAAAAGUUACCGUAACAGCAAUCUGAAAAGGUGGUUGACAAUGUGGCUGGACACCAACUUUGAUAGCCCCUUGACAGUAAUAGCUUGGGUUGGUGCUGCUUUGGUCCUGUUCUUUACUGCCGUCCAGACUUAUUUCACAGCCUUCUCUCAUUGAUGCAUUCAUGGCCUGCUUUCUCGCUAUCUAUUGAGUGCUUCUGCAUUUUACCUAGCCUAAAUUCAUGGACUCCAUAUAACCCUUUGAUGUGCAAAGUAAAUUAGGCAAAGAGUCAUUGGUCCCGUUUCUUUGCCAUUUCAGCCUAUUUUCUACCUUCCUUUCCGGGUUUAAAACAAGUAAAAAAAUAAAUGUAUGCUGUGAUCUUAUUUUGGUGUAUUUUGUGCUUAUGUACGCAUAAGUAAUAUUAUGUUUGAUUUAAGUAACUAAAAAUAGACAUGGGUGGACUGUUUUCUUUUUA